AUGGAUGCGGCGGCGGCGGCGGCGGCGGCGGCUGGUGCCGUGAUGAAGCACCCGGACGAGGCGCUGGUGCUGGCUCAUUCGGCGACGAUGUAUAGCGGGGGGGAAAUGGCCAUGCCUGAGCAGGAAGCCUUGCAUGACGCCAUGGACGAGGAGGAGUAUCGGCCGGAGAUGCCCAUCCCGCGACCCUCUCACACUCACAGGCGCAAGGCUUCUGAUAGGUUGCGCAGUGGCGGUCCGCCCUCCACGGGGGCGUGGUCGGUGGCCGAGAAGUGGAACUUCUUUGUCGGAUUCGCCAAAUAUGGACAUUCUUGGGUUCAGGUGGCAGGUAUGCAUCUGACCUGACCGGAGGAAGUCGUGGGUCAGUCACUGUGUGGUGUGGUAUGCUCGUCUGGUUGUGUGUGGGUGUGUGUUGUGUGCAGCUGAAGUCGGUACUCGUACGCACAAGCAGUGCCGCUCGCAUUUCCAGAAGACCUUCCUCUACUCACUGCCCGAGACCGAGCGCCAGGAGGUGGGCAGGGAGGGCGACACGACACACACGGGAGGGCGGGGAGAGGGAGAGAGGCGCUUUGCAAUGGAAUCCAUCAACCAGUCGUGUGUGUGUGGUCUGUGUGUGGUGGGGCGUGUAUGCAGCGCGCCCAGCAGUUCAUCCAGCAGGAGUUGGAGCGGAACCGCGGCCAGCCCCCCCUUGAGCUGACCGACCUGUCGGCCCCUGCUGCGUCCAACCCCCUGCUCAAGACGAGCGGCGACCCCAGUGGCGGCCGCCACCGUGCUGACAGCGACAAGCCCGACUUCCGCCCCAUCCGCCGCACAUCGUCCAGCACCAACAGAGGGACGGCAGCUGAUGGCGAUGACGAGCUCAUGGAGGAUGCGAAGGGUCCCAGCAGCGAUGACUCUGAGGCCGCGAAGCCGGAGAGGCGAGCAGCUGUGCGUGGGAGGGGGAGGGGUGGUGGUGUGAGGGGAGGGAGGGGUGGGAAAGGGCUUGCGGCUGGUCGCGGUGGGGCGAGGAAAGGUGGCAAGAAGGGGCGAGGGAAAGGCAAGAGACGUGGGGGAAGGAAGAAGACGGGGACUUCGUUGCAUGACUUGUCUUCUUGUUGA